UGUUCACUUGUCCGAAGGCUUCCUUAUUAUUGCUUGAAAUAUGAGCACACAGCCGGGAAACGUGAGCAGGUCCAGGGCUCAAAAGCAUCAAAAUGUCACGGCAUUUAAGAAUACGCUCCACGACACGACUGUGCAGACGAAAAAGAUACUCAGCUUGAAAAUCGAAAAUGUAUGUGCCAGGUGCAAAGAUAUCAUAGAGUGGAAAAUUAGGUACAAAAAGUACAAGCCGCUUACCGUUCCUCGAAAAUGCGUCAAGUGUGAAGGAAAGACUGUGAAGUCGGCCUACCACAUAGUGUGUAGCGCCUGUGCCGAAAGGCUGAAGAUCUGCGCGAAAUGUGGUGCCCCUGAAGGAUCUGAAUCCAGCUCCCAAAUGACAGAAGACAGUGAAAAUAAGGCAGAAGCUGAUCAAGAAUCUUGACACCUUCUGAAGAGUCUAGCAGUGUCGGGGUCACUUGUGUGAGCACUACAGCUGUACAUAAUGUACUUGCUGAUGAGAAGGCUUGGGGCUUAUAGCAUCUUUGUCACAUCCAGUCAUCCUUCUCCAAGAGUAUAUUGCAACUGUAGAUUCUUGUAUGUAAGCAGGUGUCACUAUGUGCUAUGAUUGCUUGUGCAGCCACAUUUAUGUACACUUAACUCUGCGCACUUGUGCUACAUAUAUAAACUAAUGAACUACAGUGCGAAAUGUGCAAACCUCGGUAAAAGGCUAGUAACCUACAUCUGGGACUGACUGCUUCCGUGGGUACCUGUAGCAUCAACAGAUGAAGGGGAACUUCUCAAGGGCUUGUUUUUUUGUUAGUUUUUUAAAGGCACAACCUUAAUAAAAACAGCAUUCGGUGAAGCCAAGGAAGGUAUAUGGGGACGUUAUUUGUUUAGUGUAUUGUAGUACAAGUAAACCUUCGUUAAUUAGGAGUCACUGGGGCCCCGAGAAAUCUUUGAAUUAAG